AUGACCUUUUGUUAAUUAUUUUGGAAAUCAACAUCAUUAUUAUUCCAAAAAUAAGACUUAAACAAAAUUUAGGUUAAGUAAUACAUUUCAUAUUUUCAUUUGAUUGAACAAUAUUUAUAGUGUUCAAAAUUUCUUAAUAUUCAAAUCAAAAGACUAAAUAUAGUUUCCUUCUUUCAAAAACAUAAAAAGGUAUAAUUAUCUUAAGAAAUACUUAAAGUUGCAACUAAAACAUCGAAAAUAGAUUUCUCUAACUGUUUUUAGAUCACUUUUUAAUAAAUUAUUUAAUAUAGGUGUAAGAUUAUAUAAAUAAAUAUUAACUAUUUUGAUUUUAGUGGUGGUGGAUUUUAUGAUGAUUAAGGAUAUUUUAAGAAGGGUAAAUGGAUUGAGUUAAGUGAUAAAUUUGAUUAUUAUUCCUAAGUUACUUAUAAGGGUUAGUAUAAAAAUAAUAAAAAAAUUGGAAGUUGGGUUAUUUUAUGGAAUUGGAAAGAUAUAAAUUAAUAGAUGUAAAAUUUUAUUUUUUAUAAAACAUAUACAGAGGAAAUGGAUUAUAUGAUGAUUAAGUAGAAGGAGAUAGUUCAAUUAAGGUUGGAAUUUGGAUUGAGCAGAGUGAUGAGUUUGAUAGAUGGUCGUAAAUAGUCAAUAAAGGUGAAUAUAAAAAUGGUAGAAAAAUUGGUAAAUGGGUAGAAAUAAAUAUAAAGUAAAAUAUAAUAUGUGGUGAGUUGAAUUAUGAUAAUUGA